UUUAUUGUUUUUUUGCGGUCUAAAGUCAAGUCCUAAAUCUACGAGUACCGUCCACCACUGCAGCUGUCCUCUCCCACGACAUACCCAGUGUCUGUCUGUAUCAAGCUUGUUUACUGCGGAUCUUUCGUUCAAAUUGAUAUUAUUCUCUUAAAAUCAUGAAUAUGGAAUCAAAACUUUUUCAACCGGCAGAAUGGCGUGCCUCCCAGCAAACCAGUCGAAAUCCACAAGUUUCAUCCUCAUACUCGCAGAUAAAUGCAUUCAAUCGUGUAGGUGAUUCAAUUGAAGGUCUCGGAUCAUCAGGAUUACCCUUGUCGGAUCAAAACGGUGCCGGUACAAAUAUCCAGACAGCAAAAAAAAUCUCUACUUCAGCUCAAACCCCUUCCCUUGAUACAUAUGGCGGAUUGCCUGGUCUAAUGGGUGUAACAUCGAAUCAGACGAAUUCAACUAUGUCCAUGGGGGCAACAGCACAGUCUGUAGCUUCGAAUAUACCUAAUAUUCUCGAUCAAAAUGCCAAGCUUUCUGGAGCGGCAGCAGCAGCCGCAGGGGCGGCCAACUUUCCUAAUGCGUUUACUGCAGAAGGCAUAUCGCCAAGACUGCAGCUUGGCAGGGAUCGAUUGUUCACGGCAGCAGCUGUGAAUGGAACCGCCUCUCCGCAAGCGUGGGCUUCGCCGAAGAUCAAUACUUACAGUCCAUUAGUUCGUACGUCUGGCAUUGCAUCACCUUUUGGCACGGGCAACUCAGCAUUUGGCGGUCUGGGGGGAACUGCAAUGGCCGCUGGCGGCGCUGGCUGGAGCAAUUCAGGAAUAUCAGGUUUUGCUAAUGUAACGAGUACGUCUGCCUUGGCAAACAAUGUCUCUGACAAUGUCACAGACAGUGUUGUAACGCCAAAUGAUUAUUUCCACUCGCCCGCUCAGCGCCCUUCGCGUCUGGCUAGCAUGCCGGGUACGCCCGAUGUGGGAAAUAAUGGGCGUGAUACGAAUAUCCCUUUAAAUAUCCUUUUGGACAAGGCCAAAGGGAAAGUCGCUGGUCUUGCUGAAGGCGGGCUCGAGGAUACCUCAAUUAUGUCUCCUCAAGUUCGUCAAGAGCUUGACAAUGGACCGGGCUAUUUUUUCCCUGGCUUCACGCAGCCUUUGCCAUCACUCAUCCCUCCGGCUCUUUUGCGCUGGCUGUAUAAGGAUCCGCAGAACAACAUUCAAGGUCCGUUCACGGGUAUUGAUAUGCACCAGUGGUAUCGAGCAGGGUACUUUCCUUUGAAUCUUCCCAUAAAACGUGUAGAAGAGGAGGAGUUUUACUCCAUGGCUUUGUUUAUUCGGCAAGUGAACAAUCAGUUUGAGCCCUUCCUGGUUCCAUUACCACCGGUACAACCACAGUCCACUGGAUGGAAUGCUGAGGGCACGGACUUGCCUGCAUCCUCAUUCAAAUUGAAUGCACCUCCAAAGGUGGCAGCUCAAGCGAGUGUGCCCGUACCCGAGACAGGUACCUCGAUUGCAGCCGCAGCCGCACCUUCCUAUGCAUCAGUUUCAAAGCAUGCUGUUGGGGUCGAACCCUCCCAUCCUGCAAAUGUUAAGAUGGUCGAAGAAGAGCACUUGUCUUCUGCAACCGAGCCUGUACAAGCAAAACAGUCUUCGGAUGCCUCUGCUCCCUUCUCCACGUCCGCCGACAAGGAGGAGGUUGUACCGAAAACGGAGAACGCAAAAAGCGGCAAUCAGAAGGAAACCGCUACCACUGUUGAGAAUCUUGCUGAAAAGCUUGCUGAUGUUGCUAUCAAGUCGCAGAAUGUCACUGCCGCUUCUCCGGUCAAGCAAUUCGUCAACAACAUUCAGGCAAAGGAAAAGCCUGCUACUAAGUUGGUGACCAAUGCACAACCCCAAGAAAAGCCUACAUCUAAGACGAAUUCUCCCUCACUCGCUCGUACUACCCCCUGGAAGCCCCUGCGUGCCAAGCCUGUUCCAUCUUUGGAUAAGAAUAUAAGCAAUGCUCUUGCAUCCUCAAGUCCGAAAGCGGAACCCGCGAAGCCUGCUCAAAGCCGUUUAGGAUCACCCUGGGCUAAGGUCGCUGAGCCUCCUAUUUCUCUCUCUGAAGAAAUCCAGAAGAUGGAACAGGAGGAUGCUGAAAUGAAGAAGCAGAAUCAAGCUGCUGCCUUGGCUUCUGCCGUUGCCGCCGCUCGCACUCCCACCUUACCUGCGGCUUCCGUUUGGGGUUCGGUGAAUGGUACGGGUGCAAAGAAGCCUCCUGCAGUGAAAACAAGUCCUGUCAAGAAGAAUGUUACGGUUCUCCAAAAAGAAGCACAUCCCAAGACGACGGCAACCAAUGUGGCCACCAACAACCACUCAGUUCCUAAUGCUUGGGCCAAAAUGGCUUCUAAGCCUGUGACUUCGUCCGUCCCUGUCCCUAAACCGGCAACUGUUGCGACUAAUUCUGCUUCCACUGCCGUUGCUGAAGGCAGCCCUGAUGACAGCUGGACUGUUGUUGGGCCAGGCGGCAAACUUGUUAACAACAGCCCUGCUCCUUCCACGGCUUCAGUUGUUUCUGGAAGCGUUAAACCCUCUAAUGUUGUGCCCUCUGCCAUGGCAUCUGUGCUGCCUCCCAAGCUUGCUCAACUAGCGACCUCUUCUGGUCAUUCAGUUGAGUUUAUUGUUUGGUGCAAAAACGCAUUGAAGGGCUUAAACAAUGGUGUUAAAAUUAAUGAGUUCUUGCAAAUGCUAUUAUCCUUUCCUGCUGAGAAUAAUCAGGAGACGUCUGAGAUUAUCUCGGAUUCUAUUUAUGCGAAUAGUACCACAAUGGAUGGUCGUCGCUUUGCCGUCGAGUUCACUACUCGUCGUAUUGCUGACUUGAACGGAAAACCUCCUACGGAUUCUAAGUUACAGGAGUCCUCUGCUAACAGUUGGAGCCAGGUUGUGAAAAGCAAGCCAAAGCAACAACAAGCUUCCGAAUGGAAUUCUGCCUUCAAGGUUGUGACCAGCAAGAAAAAGAACAAACGCAACUGAGCUCGCUUAACCAGGUCACUGUGUUUGAAUAUAUAAUACUGCGUUUGUCUUUUGUUUAGUUUUUUGAAUAUAUAUUCCAUAGUUUUGUGUUCUACAACAUAGAACGAGAUUUCAUGACAAUGAUGUUUCUUAUUCCACAUUUACAUAAA